GGGGUAGCAGCGGCAGGCGGUUGCAGUGAGAGCGGAGCGCAGCCGGGCCUGGGCGGAGAACGGAGUGAGGAUGGCGGCGGAGCUGACGGCCGAGGAGGAGCAGGCCACCAAGCAGUUUCUAGAAGAGAUCAACAAGUGGACAACGCAGCAUGGUGUCUCUCCCCUGUCCUGGAAUGCAGCAGUCAAAUUUCUAAUGGCCAGAAAAUUUGAUGUAUACCGUGCCAUUGAACUAUUCCACUCUUACCGGGAUACAAGGUUGAAAGAGGGGAUUGUAAAGUUGAAACCGCAUGAAGAGCCUCUAAGAUCUGAACUGCUGAGUGGCAAAUUCACCAUCUUGGUUAUUUGCAUAGGUCUUUCCUUUCCAUAUAGACAGCCCUACAACCAGCAGAAGAAUCGAUAUGGGGAUGUGUUGUGCUUGGACCAAACUAGAGUGAAGUUGAAAUCCCUCAAUCAUGAUGAGAGGACAGAUUACAUCAAUGCCAGUUUCAUGGAUGGUUAUAAGCAAAAGAAUGCCUACAUUGGCACACAGGGACCUUUAGAAAAGACAUACAAUGAUUUCUGGAGAAUGGUAUGGGAACAACAUGUACUUGUUAUUGUCAUGACUACAAGAAUUGAUGAGAGUGGCAGGAAAAAAUGUGGUCAGUACUGGCCUCUGGACCAGAACAUUCGAGGAAACUAUGGACUUAUUUCUGUCAAAAGCCUGGCAGUAGAAAACUUUAAACAUUAUAACAAAACAACACUAGAGAUUCAGAAUACGGAGUCCCAUGAGAGACGCCAGGUGAUUCACUUCCAGUACCUGAGCUGGCCAGAUUAUGGAGUCCCAUCUUCAGCAACAGCUCUCAUUGACUUUCGGUCAGCUGUCCGACACCAGCAAGGUCUUUCUGUCCAAAGCCUGGGUAACCGGUGGAAGGGACACCCUGGAGGGCCACCCAUCGUUGUCCACUGCAGUGCUGGCAUUGGGAGAACUGGCACUCUGUGCACUUUGGAUAUAUGCCUUUCUCAGCUGGAAGAUGUGGGUACUCUCAACAUAUACCAAACCGUCCGAAGGAUGCGAACACAACGAGCCUUCAGCAUCCAGACUCCUGAUCAGUACUACUUUUGUUACACAGCAAUUAUCGAGCAUGCUCAGAAGAAAAACCUACUGUCAGCCAAUCAUUAACGUGAGAAUCUCCUUCUCCCCCCUCCCCAAAAUAGAUUAUAUAUCACUUGUGCAUACAUGCAGAUGAGCUCUAAUAUACUCCUCAUACAUCUGUAGACGUCCACCUUUUGUGAUUGUUCAAGAUCCUAGAAAUUAGUACUAGCCUUAACUACUUGGAUAGAACUUAUUUAACAAUGGUUUAAUGCCAUCGUACCAGUAGCCAUCUUCAUGGAGCAUAUAGACUUUUCCUGAAGAAAAUAUGUUACAAUUCAUUUAUUCCAAUAAUGUAGCAUUAGAAAUAAAAUCUACGGUACAGGAAAGGCCAAUGAGAAAUGAAGGCGAUCAUUUUUGCAAAGACUGAAACCACAACGUUUAGGCACCAUGUGGCUCGAAAUUGAAAUUCUGCAACAUGUCGUCUGUGGACCAGAUUUCCUCUUUUAUUCUGAAAAAUAAACUUGUUUAUGUCAUAUAAAAAGAAAAUAAAAACAAAAAAUUACCUCAAGCGUCAUCUGAGGGAUAGCAGAAAACACCAAGUUGUACUUCUGUUACCUCGGGCCAAGGUUAACAUUGGGAACGCCACACGGACUAUCGACCCUGGAGGCAGUUCUCAUGUCAGUCUCAUUGACAAAGACGAGCUGGACUAUGAGAUGCUAUCAGCUGAGCUGUGUAUUUAUCACUGAUGUCCGUGCCUGUGAGAUGAGUUUACUCUUUGUGCCUUCUUGUCUUUUAUUCCUAGUUGGGGCUGUAGUGCAUGCAGCCAAAGUGUUAUUCAAAACUUAACCUUUUUCUCAGGGGAACUUAUUAUUUUUCCCUAUAUCUUUCUCUAUUUCGCUUUCUUUUCUUUCUCCCAGCUGGAUUAGAUUUAAUUAGGCUUAUAGAACCAUAAUGGUCACGCAAACUGCUUUAGAAAUCUGGAACUCCCCCUGUCUCCCAAAGGCUUUGUUCAAGCCGAAUUUGAGAGCAGAGGAGUUUACACAGCUCGGCAACCCUCUUGCUUGUCACUGCCUGUUAACCCCUAACAUAAGAUCUCCACGUACACUAACCUGAAGUAGCCAAUCUGAUAUGAUUUUCUCAAACUUCCGUGUCAUCAGGACUUUGUUAUAUGUCAGAAAUCCCUGUGGCAUUGUAAAUUUCUUGGAGCAGGACUUAAUGUCAUGAACAAGUGACAGAGCAAGCCCUGUAGUUUGAGUACAUUUAUGUGUACUAUUGGGUGAUUUUCUGCGCCUGCCUAAAUUUCUUAACUUCAGGACUUCCAUUAUGUUGGAUGGUAUUUUUCUGUAAUCUUUGAGUCAUGUCACUGCUUUCAGCAGUCAUGAAGUCUUGGCAUGCUUUUGUGCCCCUUUCCAAGGGGGAGAAGGUAGAAAUAAUCCUUGAGAGAUGGGUAAACCUGUGAGACAAGUAUUUCUAACCCUACAGGUUGAUGCACCGUACAUACAGAUAAUCAUUAGCUGACAGCAAACUGUACAAUCCUCAUUAUGAAGUAAUUACACCAUUAGAGCAGUGUGAGGGGAACCUAGGAUGAAUUCCACGAUAGGAGUGCUCAAUACUUUCGCUGUGUAUAUAGUUUUCAGAGAAAUAAUAAGUGCUUUCAUUUACCCCCACAGUACCUUUCCAAUGGAUUAUGUUUUGUGACUCUGACCAAAUCUCUCUGCAUUCUUUGAAGUUUGAGGCCAACAUUUUAGGCUGCGUUCCUUUACACCAUUAAAUGCAUUUUCCUGUAUGUUUGUUAUUCGGUUUUCACUAUUUAGUUUGUAUUGGGAAGAAUGAGGGCGAUGGAGCAAACUCGUUUGAGAAGAUUGGUUUUCAGGUGUAUUGGGAGGGGAUGCUCAGCAAAAUCGGCCAUUGCAGUCUUCAAAGAUGUUCCUGUCACAUUGUAUUGGUCUUCAAACAUUGUAAAUAAAUGGUUUGCAAGGGGUCAUUGUACCGGACUGAAGUUGAUAGCUAGUAUGACUUUCAGAAUUGUAAGUUUGUAAAUGAACUAGUGAAUUGUAAGCCAAAAUAGUUAAAAAGAAUGGUUUAAUUCUAUUGUGUCAUUCACUGCCUUAACGUAACAAUGUCAUGGAUAUUCUUGGAUGAUCUUGAUUGAAUUGAUACAUAUUAUAGAAAAUGGAUCCGAAUUACCUUUAGAGAAUUGUCCUGUACUCAAUCACAAUUCAGUGAGACUUUAGGUUCGCCUUGCACCAGUAGUCACCAACACUCCUACCUAAAUGGCCUAUUGUCAUUCUUGCUUCUGAGUUCUUGUUCAACUUUUACUUGAAGGAUUUUCAGUAAACUGAUUUUUGUAACAGCACGGUGGCUCAGCGGUUAGCACUGCUGCCUCACAGCACCAGGGACCCGUUUCAGUUCCACCCUCGGGCAACUGUGUGUGUGGAGUUUGCACGUUCUCCCCCUGUCUGAGUGGUUUUCCUCCAGGUGUUCCGGUUUCCUCCCACAUGUGCAGGUUAGGUGGAUUGGCUAAACUAAAUUGCCCGUAGUGUUCACUGGUCUGUAGAUUAGGUGGGCUAUAGGGGAAUGGGUCUGGGUGGGAUGCUCCAAGGAUCAGUGUCGACUUGUUGGGCUGAAGGGCCUGUUUACACACUGUAGGGGAUUCCAUGAUGAUAAACCCAUUGAAUUUGAGGAAAAAGCUAGUCCCCUAACUCAGAUUCCUGCUACAAAAUAUUUUGGAUUUUUGCAUUAAACCGUGUAAUUUUACUUUAAGAACCUCGAGCAAAAAUGGAACAAAGGACUAUUUUUCUCAUUAUUUCUUGUCCUCAACAUUGAAACGUUAGGCUACCGUUCAGUAAGAUUAUGGCUGAUCUAUAUUCUGACUACAUCCACUUGCCUCAAUUUCAUGUCCCUUAAUAGCAUUGGCCAGCAAAAAUCUAUCGAUAUCAGAUUUAAAAUGAUUAAGCUGCUGCCAACUGCUUCAUGUGGAAAAAGAGUACCAGAUUACUACCACCUUCAGUGCGAAAAUCUGUUUUGCAACUUCUGAAUUGUUCUACAAAGAGUCGUAACAAACUGAAAACAUUAACUCUGUCUUUCUUCUGAAUUGCCUGACUCUGAUUUUAAAAGUAUACCCCUUGACUUAGAUUUGGCCUUGCAACAUAAAAUAUGUACACUAUCUACUCUUGCAAUCUCUCAAAAUCCUCUCAAAUUAUUCCUUAACUUUAAAAAUUCCUGGCUCAUGUAGUUUCUUCCCAUAGCUUAACCCUGUGAGUCUACUGUGUCUGCACAGUACUCCCUCCAAGAUUAAUACAUCCUACCUAAGACAGAAUACCUGAAACUGAGUACUAAAGAUGUGGGGUCUUUGUGUACCUCUAGCAAAAUUUCAUCCACUUUAUAUCCUACAUUGUUGAAUAUAAAGGCCAGCAUUCCACUAGCUUUUCUCAUUUUAUUUUGUAUCUGUUGUUUACAUUGUAGAGAUCUGUGUACACAGAUCUCUAAAUCUCUUUGGACUCCCACUUGCUGUAGCUUUCAUUAAAUAACAUUGAAGUAUUUUGACAUAACUUAUUUAAUAUUCACCUGCAUUUUGAUCAUCCCAAAAACUACAACCUCUUAACGUUGCCAGUAUCUAGAUGACUUGUAUAGAAAUUGCCUGUUUUGACUUGUGUUUCUCAUUUGCCGAUCCGUUUUAAUUUUUUUGGAGUUUGGAAUUGGCUGUAUGUUCCUCACUGCUGGUGAAAUCCUUAGUUGCUUGCACAUAAACAAAUGACUGGGAACAGAGAAUAAAACUUUAUGUGGGUGUCCCCAGGAUUCAUGACCCACAAAGACUGCAAGUUUGAGCAUUCCUAAUGUAUGGUAUUCAACUUUGCAACUUUACUGAGAGAACUAUUCCACUUGCUGACUUCCAAUGUUUUCAACCUUAUAAAGUUGAACAUUGUUAAUUUGAUCAUUGCCGCUUAGCAUCUGAUUGAGGAGCAUGAACUAAUUAUCUGAGCUAUUGUUGCUGUGUGUACAGCAGCACACAAAGUGGAAACUCUCCUUAUUGUAUAGUACUUAAGAUUUAUUUUAUCCAAAAAGAGAAUGCCGAACAUAAUACCCCAUUAAGAAGCAAUUCUGAAAUUGAGUGUACAUGAACCACCCAAAUGAUGAGGCAAGAUUUGUGAUAUCACAACCCAUCAUGUAAACAGCUGAAUUUUAUGGGCUUCCCAGAAGGAAGGGAUAAGCCUUGUUUUAGUUCAUGGUGACCAACAGUCACAAUUUAGCCUCACUAACAAUAUAUUUAAUACAGGUUGGUGGGCAUGGUUGAUAUUAUUUGACAUUUUGUUGCACCUAUGGGCCAUUAUGUAUGCCUCAGGCUUGUGUGUUUUUUUUGGUUUUGAUCCUGCCCCUGCAUCAACCUGAUUUCUAGAACAAUGGGUUGAAGCCUUGAAUGGCAUAUGAAUGUGAAAAAGUGUUACCUGAAUACUCAGGAGAGUAAAACCUUGGUUAUGGAAUUAUUGAGUAAAAUUCCUUCCCAUUGUGUGCCCUUGUUCUAUGAGCUGACAGUAACUUUUUUUUCCAGUUCUUUGGAACCUAGAUCAUUUGAGCAAUAAUGUGAAUGUGUUGAAGUGUAUUGUUGUUGUUGGAGAAUUGCAUGGAACAUCUCAGGCUAUACCUGUCAAUAAAUUCAGUAUCCUUAGAAUGUUGAAACUUAUCUAGCAUCAAUUCAAAGUGACCCCCUCUUUACCCAACAGGUGGUGCCCAGGCAAGCCAUGAAGGAAUUUUCACGCCCCUCAAUAAAAAGAUGGAAGAUGACUAAAAUGGGUGCUUGUUUGAUGUAAGCGUGUCUUCAGAAUUGCUUCCUAAAGCAGUGCAUUUCCACAUCUGUGAGAAAUUAGUUGAUCCACUUUGUGGUAUUAAAAGAGAUGUAAAGGUGAAAACAUACAAGCAGGAAAACAUGAGUUUGAUUACAAGAGCUGACAGUAAGCUAAGCUGAUUGAGUUCAGGGAUAGGAUUGAACAUGAGUACUGAUAACAAAAGCAUGUUAGACUGAAGAGUUUCACACAAAAAUAAGUCAUUUUGGUUUUAUAAGCAAGUUUCUGCCCAGCAUACAAAGCCAUUACCCUCAUAUUUCCAACAAAACUACUGAAAACCAAGAAUUUUACCUAACGGCUCUGAGGGAACCGUGAUAUAUUUCCAAAUCUGGAUAGUAUGUGUUCCGGAGGGACCUUGUAUGUGGCGAUGAGCUUGUACAUCUUUUGGUCUUGUCCUACAAAGUUAAAGUGGUCAUUGGUUUGGAAGAUGCAGAAAGCUUGGCUCGAUGCUGCAGUACAUCUUAUAUUUUGGUAUACUCCCGCUACUAUAUGGAGGAGGAAGCUAAUGUUUUGGAGUUGUUUUGUCCUGGAUAGUAUCACUCUUCUUGAAUGUUGUUGGAGUUGCAUCCAAUCAGGAAAGUGGGAAGUAUAUUUUGUGCUCCUGACAUGCCUAUAGAUAGGAAUAGGCUUUAAGGACUCAGGAGGUGAAUUACUGGCUAUACAAUUCCCAGCCUCUGACCUGUUCUUGUAACCACAUAUUUAUAUGGCUAGUUCAGUUUCAGGUCAGUGGUAACCCGUUGUCCAGGUUGGUAUAUUCAGCAAUUUCUUGAACUUACAGAGGAAGUGAUUAGAUUUCCUCUCAUUGGAGGUGGUCAUUUUCUGGUACUCGUGGGGUACAAGUGCUAUUUAUCAGCCGAAGCCUUAAUGUUGUCCAGACCUCGCUAUAUGCAAACACAGACUCCUUUCUUCUCUGAGGAGUUGCCUAUAAUGCUGAACAUUGCAAUCAUUAGUGAAUAUUCCUACUUCUGAACUUAUGAUAGACUGAAAUCUAUUGACGAAGCAGCCGAAUUUGGUUGGGCCUAGGGCACUACCUUAAAGAACUCCAGUAGAGAUGGUCUAGAGCUGAAAUAAUUGACCUCCAGCAGCCACAAUCAUCUUCCUUCGUGCUAGGUUUGACUCCGAGCAGUGGAUAAUUUUUCCCCAAAAUUCCCAUUGACUUCAGUUUCACUAGAACUUCUUUGAUGUCACAUGUUGUCAUUAAAUGUUGCCUGGUCAUACUGUUGUUACAUUUGGAGUUCAUCUGUUUGAUUCAAGGUUGGAAUGAGGCCCAGUGUCACGCAGCUCUGGUAAAAUGAAAACAGCGUGUCAGCUCACAGGUUAUUGCUGACUGUGUGCUGCUUGGGGGAACUGUCAAAAAUACCUUCUGCUCGACUUUAUUAAUGGUCCCCAACUCCUUGUGAUGGGUCUAUCCCUGAUCAUUCUAUCAAUAAGUCACUGGAUACACUGGAACACUGCACAUUUUCUGGACUUAGACAUCAGAUUGUCAGCAAGGACCAACUUCAUCCUGUUCCUCAAUCACCUGUGCUGUGUCUUGCUGCCAGCCCAAUUCCAGAAAGACCCUGCUUCUCAAUAUUUUUAUUUCUAAAUCCUCAUCUCACCUGAACUGAAAAGAAUAGUUGCUAGUUGUCAAACUGUUAUGGUAACAAAAUGAAACAUUUUGGUAUAAAUAAUUUGGAUAUAAAGCUGAACCUGCUGCACAAUCAGGCUGAGAAUAAAACACAAGAGGAUGGCCUUUCCACUUUAUAGAUGUGCAAGAAUGUGCACACUACCAUUUAUUCCUCAACACAUUUAUAAGACAGAUUGUCUGAUCAUUAACCUUUGUGGAUGCUUGCUAUGUACCAAUAGGCUGUCAUGUUCCGUAUUUUACUACAGUGACCACGCACACUUCAUUGGCUGUAAAGUGCUUUGAGAUGCCCUGAGGUUGUGAGGGUGCUAAAUAAAUACCAGGUUUUUUAAAAUGUCUAUUCUGUGUGCAUUUAUCUAUUUUGGAGUUUGGCAUUUUGUUCAUGAUGUUUCCUCCAGGAUUAGAGGUUGAUAAUACAGAUUUGAUGCCAGUGAGAUUUAGAGCUCUGCUUUUAACAAAUGUGUUCAUUGUGACCAGAGAAGAUUUCUCAAAGUCCAAAACUGCCAGGUGCUGGAGGGUGUCAGAGUAAACCUAUUAUUGCUAACAUGCGACCCGUGCCCAGGGUUUGAGUACCUGAAAUAUGUUGCCUUAACAGCUGUGAUAACUUUAUGGGUGAGUACUUGACAAUCAUUAAGAAAAUGCUUCACCUUUAGUUCUUGUAAUUGAUUGAGGUGAAAGUUGAAUAUAUAUCAGGGAAGCCAUUCAGACCACCUAACCCAUCAUUCCAAACAACCUGUUAGACCAAUUGCCAUUGCACCCAACUGCUUUUUGAAUUACUCAGGCUCCUCGAUGAUUCUGCUUGUCCCAGAUGUUUACCCAUUUGACUGAUUUCUAAGUAGACACUAGAUAUAGCAACCAUUUUUAAUCUCUUCACCUGUCUAUGUGCUUCUGCCAUUUUUCUGAAUGGAGCAGCAUGAUUUUUAUUCGUACUUGGAAUUAACUGUGACAAAAUGGGUACAGAACAGAAAUCUUACAGCACAUGCUGUAAAGAUGAUGCUGGGAUGCAGAAACCAGGAUUAAUGGAAGAAACUUCACACUGGGUAUGUAUCAAAGACCAAGUUUUCUUGUUGUCGUUUUACACCCCAGUUGAGGGAUAUAUUGUUGUUUCAACAACGUGUCUAGAUCCCUGUCAUCCUGUUUUAUUGUGUAAAACACUAGGAGGUGGGAACAAAGUCUGAGUGUUUGCCAAAGUUCACAUUUGCCGGUUUUUAUUUUAAAGAUAUUUCAAACUACAGGAGUGGACUUUUAAAUCAGUUUGUGAAAUACCCCGUUACUUGUAGGGGGUGCUGGUUGAAGCCAACACUGGUUUGUACCAAGGAUCUCGAAUAGAACCAAUAAAACAGUAGAAGGUCCAUUUGGUCUCAUUCAUUUGUUCAUUUCCAGCUGUCCUUUAAACUUUUAUUUUCCAAUUUGUUUUUAAUCAAUUUCCAUUGUAAAGUUUUCUUACAAUUCUGUUUUCACCACUACUUUUUGACAAUCUACGUUGUCAGAACAUUUGAAUUAAAAUUACUUUCCAAAACAUGUCUCAUUAUUCUGUUGGUGAGUGCCUAGUUGCCAAUUUACCAGCCAAGGGCAAUUUUCUUCCUUAUUGAUUUGAUCAAGCCCCUCAUAGUGUAGAGUACAUCGCUCUGCUCCUCUAUUAACCUUGCUGGUUCAAUGCAAACUGCUCCUUCUGCUGAAUUUUAAUGUUCUUGAGUGUUAAUUUAAGCAGAUUUCAUCUUGCUUCUGUACACUGAGUUGAUUCUUUGUUUGUUUAGUCCAGGAGUAUUGGUCUUGCCCAAAUGCUGUAUAUUAACAACAUUAAUGCAAGCCAUUGUUAAUUUGACAGUAGCUUUAUUGAAAUAUUGUGAUUUAUUAAAGGGGCAGCAUCCUCUUCAGAACUUAUCAGAUGAAGUAUUGUUCUUAGCACAAAUUCUGAGACAAGCAACAUGAUAAACCCUACCCACAAAUUAGUUUAGUUGGUGUCUUUCUACAAGCAAAACAAUUUUGCCAAACACUUCCUAUAUUCUCAAAAAAUAUGCUCCUGUAACUGGAAUUUUGAAAUUCCUAAUCCGAACAGGUUGUUUGUUAACUAUGUUGUGAUGUCAUCCACAACUAGUGUGAUUUUUAUAUUUUAUGUUGAACCAUUCACAAGUCAUGAAAUUUACUCUUGCGCUGUUAAAUUUGUAACGAACUGUGGGUGCAGUAGUUGCCCAAACAUGAAACAGAGCAGAAUCCAGUGUAAAAGUACAGCAGGGCUCAAAUAUUGAUGUGGUGUUGGAACAAAACUGCUGUGUCAAUCUGUAGUGUUUCCACAGAGCCCCUGAAGUAAUCCCCUUGCUCAGUGUGGACUACAGAACACCAGUCUACCUUGUUCACUGCAGCAGUUGAAUGCUCACUUUCUUUGAGGCUGUGGCCAAAUUUCAGCAAAAGUUGACAAAUUGUUGGGACCACCAUUAGUGUAGUGUUUCCAAAUCAUUGGAAAAGUUGUAUUGCAGGACACAGUCAUUGAGAAACAGGCCCAUUACUAGCCAACUGUAGUGAAAACAGCCUGCCCUAUAUAAGUUAAAAGUGCUUUAAAAAUAUUUAUUGUAACUCAACUGACAAAAUUAUGCUUUUGUGAAGAUUGUUAUUACAUUACAUAUAUUGUUAAUUCCUGUUCUUUUCCAGUGCUGUUCAAGUAAUGUACUAUUUAUUAUUUUUUUAAGUCAAUAAACCAUUUUAUUUCACUACAA